CUACGCCAGUUGCAUCAUGUUUUGUCCGCCAGAUCUCAUCUGUUUCCUGUGUUUAUAAAGUAGUGUUAAAAGUAGGCAGGAUGUCACAUGAUGUGGCUGAAAAAAGGUACUACUGUAAAUAUUUAUGGGGAGUUGGCACAUUUCUACUGGGAUUAUUUCAUUACAGGAUGAAGAAGAGGAGCUUAUUAUACCUGCAGUAAUACAUGCCAGUAUACAAUGGAAAAUUUCAUAUUCUUCCAUCCAGAUUUUGGUGAAUGGAUUAUAUUUUUAAAGAUAACAAAGGAAUUUUAUCUUUCAAAGGGAACUUAUUCACAGCCUUCAUUAGCAGGACUUAGUGUACAUUUACCUUCCUAUUUCUGUGUCCUUUGAACAAAUUGGACCAUCGUGUAGGUACAACAAGGAAAUUGAAAUGUAAGCUAGAACACUUAACAUAUGGCGAGUAUAGGAUUGAUUUAGUACUGAUUUCUACUGACAGCAAUAGAAAUGGGCCAAGAACUCUCUCUUUCGGAUUAUACCAUACUUGACUCUGAAGACGUGUUUGAAUAUAUUGAUGGUCAUGGACAGAUCCUAGAUUUCCACAUCGAAAACAUAAAGGCUUCAAAAUGGAAAUUGAAGGCUCAUGUGCUGGAGAGGAAGGCGUCUACAUACUGCCGCCAGAGGUCAGAGUUGGGGGCUCCUGUCAUAGGGAGGAUCAACCCGCCCCUAUCCCAGGGAAAUACAGAGAGUCAGAACAUCAAUGGCGACUGCAGAGAUUUCCCACUCCCCUCCACAGAGGAGGAAAUUCAAGCGUUUGAUGAAGAAUUCUUUGAAAAGCACACUAAGACUGUCGAGGUAGAACUCCGGGAAAGACACCGAUCGAGGUCCAUACCAGAUCUCUCCACUCUCAAAUCCAAAUUCUCCAGAUUUCCAUCGCCAAGCAAACCCAAGUUCUUGGACAGACUGUUCAGCAACGUCAGUUUUUCUCGAAAAUCUGGACGGAAAUCAAAGAAUGGAUUAGUGAUUCAUACACGAACAUCGCUGGAAAAAGGUGAUGAUGAUGAAGAUGAUGAAAAUGAAGAUGAUUGUCUUAUAGGACGACUUCAUAACAAAUCGGACCAUUCCGGAGGGCAGAGAGCAGUCGCUCCGUCUACCAGCAAUUCUAGUGAUUCUGGAAAAGGAUCUAUUUUAGAAUCUACGUCAGAUUUCUCUCCGACUGGAGGUGCUAACGGAUCUAGACCUGGUUCACCAAAUAUCAGUGGUAUAGUGCAAAAGCGAUUACGUGAUUUUCAAAUUCUUAAUAGUACUACAAAGGAAGUUUACUCUGCUCCUUCAUCUCCAGGAAUAUACAGAAGUCGGACUGUUGUCCGAAGUGGUGGGAAAUUCCUUCUGUUUCCUAGCUACUCGGAUAAGGCUAGGAAACACUGUUGUGCAUUUUCGCGUGACGAGAAGUUUUGUAAUCUAGUUAUGAAAAAAGGUUUUGUUAAAGCAGUUGUCGAACAAAUUAAUCACAAUGAACCGAAUGGUGACAAAAAUUCAAAUCUUGACAAAGAUAAUACCACAAGUGUGCAUGAGUUGAAGCAAAGAUUUGAAUGUGCUGGCAGUAGUGAAGACUCUAACAAGUUACUGAAAAACAAACAUAGACCACGAACUCCACAGGGUUCACCAAGACUCCGACGCGACAGGAAUGCGGCGUCCUUGGAUACCUCUGACAACAGUGCCAGAAAUAGUUUACGAUCUUCUGAGUUUGGUGGGACAUCGCAAUCGGAUAGUAUCUCUAACGGUCAUGAUCGGACCGAGGCAGAGUCUGGGAUCGCCUCGGACUGUAGCACCGUGGGGUUUUCCACGGUGAAUGUGGUCGAGUUGUUUGACUCGAGUUGGUCCGACUCAGACAUGAGUUUUGACGAGUACAGUGACUGGGACAGUGAUGUCGACAACCAGGAAGAUGACCACGAUCUAGACAAAACCUGUGAUAGCAGUGUAACCCCAGAGUGUAAGCUGCACAGAAUCGCAGAGGAACUCUUCAAGACUGAAAAGGCAUAUGUCUCACGCCUCUAUCUACUUGAUCAGAUUUUCCAAGUUCGUGUUCGUGAGGAGAACAAGACCCACAACUUCCUAUCGGCGGACGUGAUGAAUCAGAUGUUCUCCAAUAUCACUAGUAUAUACCAGUUCCAUAAUAACUUCCUCCUACCCCAGUUAGAAAACAGGAUGAAGAACUGGGAAUCUGAACCAAAAAUUGGAGACCUGAUGCGAAGCAAUGCUCCCUUUUUGAAGCUCUAUACAGAAUAUGUGAAAAACUUUGAUCACGCCAUGAACCUGAUCAAUGUUUGGUCGGAGAAGUCUUCAAAAUUUGCAGCCAUCAUGCAGGAAAUACAGAAAACUCCUGAAUGUGGUAGUCUGACGUUGCAGCACCAUAUGUUAGACCCAGUCCAGAGGGUUCCUCGUUACCAGCUCCUCCUACAAGAUUACCUCAAACAUUUACCUGAGGAUUCCCCGGACAAAGACAAUGCUCAAGUGGCUCUGGAGCUUGUUACAAAGGCAGCUAGUCAUUCCAACGAAGCAAUGAAGAAAAUCGAAAAGUUCCACAAACUACUGGAAAUUAACGAAAAGUUUGGUGCUGCGAUUGACCUGAUCAGUCCCACCCGAGAGCUUGUAAGGGAGGGGCGUAUUACCAAGAUCUCUGCAAGGGGCGGGGAGAGGCUGGACCGUUAUGUAUUCCUGUUCAAUGACCUUAUGUUGAUUUGCUGUGAGCAAAUUCUCGGGAGUUUCCGCAUUAAAGCCCAGCUAGACAUGGAGGGGCUAGAGAUUAUGGACCGGACUGACAAGUGUAUACGAUGGAUACUGGAGGGUGAAAACAUUGACAUUCCAAACACAUUUUAUGUAAAAAGUCGACAGAAGAUUAUACAGUUUCUAGACGAGAAUCCUGCAGGGGAGCUGAUGGGAUGGUGUGAGUCAAUGAAGGACACACUGAAGGAGUACCGACACAGAAGGCAGUCCCUGAGGGGCCACGAGGACCACCUGCGGGACAGCGGGUAUAACAGUAGAAUGUCAGUUCAGUCCGAGUUUAUGAGGGUACCGAAGCUUCCAGAAAUGGAAAUUGGGAAGUUGGCUCCGAAGUGGAUAAAGGAUGAUGAGGUGACGAUGUGUAUGCAGUGCACCAACUCCUUCACAGCAUUCCGACGGCGGCAUCACUGCCGCGCAUGUGGCAUCGUAGUUUGUAGUAAAUGUUCCUGUAAGAAGGUGCCACUGGCCUAUGACAACCUCAGGUACAACCGUGUCUGUGACAAGUGCUAUGCAGUGCUGAAGAACGGUGUGGAAGAGGAAGAAGUAUCGGAAAAGUCGACAACCAGUUCAACACGACGAAGAGUGUUACAGAAAAAGGCCAGUGACCCGUCAGUGCUGUCCAGUUAUCUACAGGUCAGUACUGACCGAGGCAAGAGUUGGACAAAGAGAUGGGUCGUUGUUCAGACUAACUUUGCUCUAUACUGCUUCAAAGCACAUCAGGAUGUUUGUGCACUUUUCACUAUCCCCUUGCCCGGAUACACAGUGGAGCAGCAUGACCCUGACAAUGCUGACAAGGAGAAGGGAUUUAAGCUGUAUCACAAGAACCAGCAGGGACAGACUCACUACUUCCUAGCAGGGGAGCAAGGCCAUCGUGACAAGUGGAUUGAUGUGUUAGAACGAGUUGCCAGACUAGAGCUGCCAGAGUCAGAGGAAAACAAACGAGCUUCAACCCAGUCUUCUAGCAGCAGUAGUGGGACUGCAGAAAACACACAGUUAUAGCAGUAGUCUCCCCUUAAACAGGGGAUGGAUUGAUAGCUACAGGCCUACAGUGACGGGACAGGUCACCUGUAGAUCUAGUUAAUGGUUUCCAUUGAGUAUCUUGUAUAUUUCCUGUAUACACGUGGAUUGAUAAUGCAAUUACUUGAAAUAAUUUAUUGAAUUCAUGAAGUGACAUUUAGGUGAAUCAUUCUCAGUGAAAUAUAUCUGAUAUUCAACAGAAAAAAACAUGUCUAUUUAAUAGUACAUUUCAAACACUAAUACAAAAAACUUGUUUAUGAUGUUUCAUCAUCAAUGGCCUUCUGAUUGAAAUCAAUCCUAAUAGCUGACCAUUCCAUUGACUGUGUGGUUCUACACUGUGAUGUAAAAAAUUAGAAGAUUACAUGUUUGACCUGUAUCUUACAUCUUAUGAAUUAUAACAGAUAAAGGACCAAACCUUAAGCUGUACCUCAACUUAUUACUGCAGUAAAACUGCAAUGUGAGUGACGGAAUUCCAUACGGCACCUAGUAAGUAUGUUACUGUGGUAAAACUACAAUGUGAGUGACGGAAUUCCAUACGGCACCUAGUAAGUGUGUAACUGUGGUAAAACUACAGUUAUACAGAAAUCCAAGAACCACCCAGUGUACAGUGUAAUAUACAUAACUGUAAAAAUAUGUCAUGGUAACUUAAGUCUCUACAACAGCUUGUAUAUACUUAACCAUAGCAAUGUACAGUGUUCGUGAAAUCCAUACAACAGUUAGUAACUAUGAACUUACUUUCUCCCU